GCGGAUAUGACCUCGCACUCCACGACGGCGGCUACGAGUAUGACAUCACCCCGGAUGUCACCUCUAUGUCACCCUGGCGCGGACGCGUCCAAGUCGUAUAUAAGGUGGAAUCUCUAGGCCUCCUCCUUUACUUUUCGCCACUUCACGAACACCAUCACACAACCGCUUCACCCUCACCACACUCGCCACGCUCGCAAACCCAUCAUAAUCAUGUCUGGCGCUAUGCAGUCGAACGUUGGCAACUCGCAGGUCUACAACGACGGCGACCAGCGCAACCCGAAGGGCUCGGUGCACGAUCGCGCCGCGUACGAAGAGGGUGUACCCAACUCGCACGAUGUCCUAGACUCGAAAGACGAACGCUCCAUCGCCAACCGGCUCGCCGCUGCUGAGAAGCAGGACUCGCCGUCACCACACACCAUCACGGACCCGUUGAAGCCCGCGCAGGAUCAUGGCAACGAGCCGAGCCGCGGCGCACAAAUCGAUGCGGAACUGCAGGCGGAGGACGAAUCGAGGUUAAAGGAGAAGGGUAUCAAGCACUGAGCGGGUCGUGAAUAGAGAUGGGCAGAGAAGACGUACGCAUCCACGGACUAAAACCAAUCAUUGUACCAAUAUAAUUCGUCUUUCGGGGCUUUCGCAAGC